AUGGAAAAUCUGUGCGAAGCAGUGUCAAGACAGAUGUGUCAAGGCACGUAUCAAUUGAAAGGGUCAAAGAAGACCAGAGAAAGGCAGAGUUACUCGCCAGCGGAAACUGGUUACAAGGCAGCCUUCAAAGAGUUCGAAGAGAGAUAUGGCGACGCUGACGUCAUCGCCCAGACGUACAUCAAAAAGGCGCUAGAUUGGUCCAUCAUCAAGGCAGACAAUCCAAAGUCACUUGAUGAAUUUGCCAUAUUUCUUCGAGAAUGCCAAUUCGCGGUUGAGGAUGUUGACGCAGGGAGACCACGUAUGGAAGUAGUACACUCAAAUGAAGCCAAUGCAACAAUGGCUGCAAAAACAGGUCAAAUAUAUGCAGCGCGUACGGGGGCUGGCACCGCGUUGCCAAUCGUGCCAGUAAGAGUAAAGGCUAAAAGCAGUGACAAGUUUGUAGAGACAUACGCCUUCUUGGAUUCGGGUAGCACUGCCACGUUUUGUUCAGACCGAGUGCUGCAUUUACUUGGAAUCGAGGGAAAGAAGACCAUUCUGACCCUAUCUACUCUCGAAAAUAAGCAGAAACAAACCACUAGAGAGGUAAGGGGCUUGGAGAUCAGCUCCCUGGAUGGAGGGCACACAAUAGAGUUCCCACCGGUAUUUACUCAGCCGUCUCUGCCAUUAUCAAGAGCAGAUGUCCCUAGUGAGGAAGAUGUCACCGGAUGGCCUCACCUGAGAGACUUAGAGCUCGAAAGGAUAAGCAGUGAAGUGGACCUGUAA